UUUUAACAUCUCUUCAUUUAUAUAAUUUUCUAACAAACUCUCGCACACCAUCUUGCUGAAUCAUUUUGGAGGGUUGCCAUUUUCUUCAAAUAUUCCGAAAACCCAAAGGUUGUUUUCCGCAGCGGGAGGGGCAGCUCAGCUUAACUGGGUCCGAACUUAAACACUGAUUUCCAAAAGAGAAGUCGGGUCGCAAAGAGAGCAGGAAAAGGUUUCUUCUGGUUGUAAAGAUGCCACAUAAGAGGAGAAGCCAUGGCCAUCACAAAAACACAAAGGAGCAAGGAAGAGCAGCUGCUCCUCAUCUUGAAGUCCAUAGUAGCAAAUUAUAUCCCUCUGCAGUGUCUCAUUAUGGCAAGUCUCAGUCAAGUCAGUCAACACCCAAACCGGCACCUCAGGUCUCUAAGCCGAGCACUGCACAGUUCGAGAAAGCACCAUCAGGAUCCGCCAUGACCGCAAAGCCCGGGGUAGUUAUCACAGCAGCAGGCGGGGCCACAAGGAGUGGUGUUACAGCAGGAGCGGCUGCUAAAGCUGAAACUGCAGGAAAGGAUUCACCUAAAGCCAAACCAGAGGCUUCCCCAGGCUUCCAAGUCAAAGCAACAGUCCAUUCUCCAGCUGCUGGAACAGCUGGAACCACUGCAAAGACCAAACCCAAAGACACAGCCAAGAGCACUCCGAUCACAACAGUCAAAGCCGAGGCACCUAAAGCUGAUGUUGAUAAAACGUCUAAACCAGCUGCAGCAGCUGUGACUGGAAAUGUUUUGGCACAAGCGAAGAAAGAGGACACUAAGACAGCACAAACAAAGGUGCAGGUGGAGGUUCCUCCCUCUGCAGCAAAACCAGCUGCAGCCAAACAGGCCUCUGCUGCGGAUCCACUCGAUUGCCUGGUCAGCACGCUACCAUCAGCUGAUUCUGUUGCACCCUCACAGCCUGCUUACACAAGGCCAGAGGCUGUAGAGCAUGUAGUCACCUUUGAGACAGUGGAGAAGUGUGGAGAAAGGGACGGCACGCUGCCUCCGGAAUACCAAUGGAGAAAUAUGGCUCCAGUUCCUGCAGAUGUAAAACCCAAGGAAGUUCCUAAAACUGAAAUGUCUGCAGCAGCUCCUUCUGUAGCUGCUCCUCCUGCUGAUAAGAAAGCCAAGAUGGGCAAAGCCUCAGAUGAUUUCUCAUUGGAAGCUGCAGUAUCCUCCCCUGCCUCCCAGAAAGCUGCUCCACCAGCUGAUAAGAAAACAAAGAUGGAUGCGGCAGCUACUGAUUUCUCUCUGAAGGCUGGACUGGAUACCAAAGUCAGCACCCAGCUCAAGUCUGAAAAGGGGGACUCCAUCCCUGUGGAAGCUCUCAGUGCUCUCGAUGACAUGUUGGGACCAGCUAAACCAAAACCUGAAUCUCCCAAACUCAAACCUAAAGACAUCAUUGUGGAGAAAAACAUCAAGCCCGAUGUGGGUGUUCGUGUAGGAGAGAGGGAAGAUGCUCUCCCUCCAGGUUACAGGUUUAAAACAGACAAGUUACAAAAUCUGCCUGCUCCUAAACCUGAGCCGACUUUGGGAACCGGUGAAGCUUUAGACAUUUUGUCCGGAGAUUUCACAGCCCCGUCAGCAGCACCUAAACUCCAGGCUCCGGUGGUCACCCCUUCAGCUGCUCCUGCACAGAAGGCUCCUCCUCCUGUUGUCAAGAAAGCUCAGACAGAAAAAGCUCCGGGUGAUUUCGGUCUGGAAGCUGCUCUUUCUGCUGGCAGUGCCCAGAAAGUGGAGUCCUCUGGAAUUCCUCCUGCUUCUGGGAAGAAGCCCACAGCAGUGAACACUGGUGUUGUGGCUAAACCAACCAAGGAUCAGGAUAACUCCAUGUCUCUGGAUGCUCUUAGUGCUCUUGUUGACACGCUGCCUGAAGACAAACCAAAACCAGAAGCUCCCAAACUGAAGCCUCAGGACAUCGUCUCGGAAGGCAAAGUGAAGCAAGAAAAGGGUGUGCGGGUUGGAGAGCGGGAGGACACACUUCCCCCAGAUUAUAGGUUUAAUAAAGAAGAGCUCAAUAAAUUGCCUGCUCCAAAACCCGAGCCUACAAUUGGGAGUGGUGAAGCUCUGGACUUUUUGUCUGGAGACUUCACAUCCCCCUCUUCGGCUGCUGCUGUCAAGGCUCCAGUUGUAAAACCCUCAGUUCCUCCAGCGAAGACAAAAGUGGAGGAUUUGGCCGCUCUUGAUUUUGUAGCUCCAUCUAAAGCUACUGGAGUCCAGGCACCUGCUCCUCCAACAAAGAAAACUCCAGAGAAAACGGUUUGUCCAAUGGAGCAGAAAUCCCAAGUUAUCCAAAUUAAAUCAGAGACUCCAAAGGGGGACUCUGUAUCUCUGGAUGCUCUCAGUGCUCUAAGCGACACACUGCCCAAGGACAAACCAAAACCUGAAUCCCCAAAAGUCCAACCAAAAGACAUUGUCUCGGUGGACAAAAUCAAGAAAGAGGUGGGUGUGCGUGUGGGUGAAAGAGACGACACGUUGCCUCCAGACUACAGGUUUAACAAGGAGGAACUUGAGAAACUGCCCACUCCCAAACCUGAGCCUACCAUGGGAACCGGUGAGGCACUGGACAUUUUGUCAGGAGACUUCACGGCCUCCUCUGCAGCUCCUGUGUGCCAGGGCCCUGUUGGCCCUCCAUCUGCUCCUCCAGCAAAGACGUGUGAUGCUGCCCUGGAUGCCCUGGCGGGAGAUUUUGUUGCCUCCUCUGCAGCUCCAUCUGUAAAAUCUGCACCUUGUUUUCCAGCGCUUGCCGACACGCCGCUGCCAGCAGAAGCAAACAAUGCCCUUGAUUCUCUGUCUGACACUUUAAAGGAUAUCGCCCCCGCUCCGAAGCCCGCCCCUGUUCCUACCAAAGACGUUGUGAAGGAGAAAAACAUUGUUGAGGAGAAGUUUAACAAAAUGGGAGAAAGAGAUGACACUCUGCCUCCGGAGUAUCGGCCAACUGAGGAAGAACUCAAGAAACGACCAACGGAAAAAACUGUUGUUAAAUCCAAGGAGAUGUCUAUGGAUGACCAAACUGCCUUGGACUUGCUGUCUGGUGACUUAUCUGCAGUUCCCCAGCCUCCUGCACCAGUAGACGCAGCCACGACUAAGCUGGAGCCCCCUGUGCUGGACUCGAAGCCGCUGAAGCCAAUGGCUGGUCCUGCUUUGGACUCCCUGGCUAAAACACUGCUCCCAGACGCCUCACAGCAAAAAUCUAAAACAGACAAGCCGAAGGGCAAGAGCAAGUCGAAGGUGAAAAAACAAGAGACACAACCUGCUGUGGGAAUAUCUGCCAAAUCUGGGCACAUCUCGGCUCAGCUGAGCUCCGAUGUUGUUCCCAAGUCUACAACAAAGGGAGGCAAGAGCUAGUUUACCUGGUUGUGAGUAUAAUUCCUCCUCCAGGCCACAGGGAUGCAUCAGUGAGGGAGCUGCUUUCUCAGAUAUUAAAUCUAUUUUUUUAACUCAUCAAGAAUGUAUAAUAGUUGACCGACAGACUUAGACACAACCUAAAACACUUGCUUAUAAAACACACACACAAAUGUAUCUGCAAGCAGCAACUUCUUUCUAAGUUUUGCAUUCAAAGAUAACAAAUCUUUAGUUUUAGUCUUUGGAAAAAAAAGAGUCUAAAGAACAAGAAAAGAGACAAAGCAACUGUGGAAAGAAAGACAAAAACCUUUAACCUUAAAGUCCUGCAUCCUAGCUGGCGUGACACCAGAACAUCAUGAUACAACAGUUGCGUAAGCUUAGAUUGUGUGGGAGCACUACAGAGUGAGUUUGUGUUGGGAUGUAUGUGCAAUCUUGAUGUACACAGAAAAAGCCAAGUUUUCUUUCAAUUUGUGGUUGAAUGCCGUAGAGACACUAUUGUACAGCUUUGUGUGAGUAUGUUUUAAAAAGCGCAUCGUUUACAUGAUUAUGUGGUGGAUUUCCAGGAGGUGUUGUGCUUAUUUCUGUAUCUCGGAACUUUUCACAAAUGGUUGUUUUGUUUCAGCAGAGAAAUAUCUGUUAAAAGAAGGGUCUUUUAGUAUGAAAAAACGCUCCUGGCAUUCACAAGUGUACUCUGUAAACUGAUAUGUUUACAAGCUUUGUGAAGUGCUAUCAUUUGUAUGCUGUAAAAAAUAAAAAUAAAAAAAAGAUUUUCUGCUCUAAAUAAAUACACUGUAUAAUUUA